AUGGCGGGUAUUGAGGGAGGAAGGUAUGAUGCCAUAGUGCCUCGUGUUUAUGCAUGGAAGAGCAUUAAACUGGUGGCUGGAGGUGCUCCCGAGAGAGGAUAUGGGUGGAUAGUCAUGCAGUACAUGGAGGGUGAGGUGUUGGAUAGGGUAUUUGGAGACAUGGAGUGGCAUGAGAAGAAGAGGGUCAUAGGCGAGAUUGCGUGCAUUUUUGCGGCUUUCCAGAGGGCGAAAUUGCCCCGAAGAGUCGAGCUCCAUGGAGGAAUGACAGUUCGGCAUGGAGAUAUUGUUUCGGGACAGGCUACGAUGCACAAGGGCGAGCCGUCGGGAUACGUUGGCCUUUGGAAGGCCAGAAUCGACCAUGCGUUGGAGGAGGCUGACGAGAGCAUGCUCAUCAACGGUUGGAAAGGAAGCGUCCGCGAAAGAAUUGAAAAGUUCAAAAAUGACAAGUUGGAGACUCUUAUCCACAACGGAGAGGUCGAUACGACUUUGCUUGGACUUGUCCACAACGAUUUCACCAUGAGCAAUAUGCUCUAUAACCCGCAUACGAAGCGCAUCACAGCGCUCCUAGACUUUGACUGGUCGUCCGUCACCCACCCCGCGCACGAAUUCUUCACGUCCUUUCAUGACGUACACGGCAGGGUCGAUGAAACUUCCGACAAGCUGCGCAGGGCUAUUCUUAGCGGCGACUUUAGUAAUCGUCCUGAUAAAGAUGAGGAUCAAGAAGCGUGGAAGUUGGCAAAGACGUGGGAUGAAGCUCUCAAGGGGCAUGGUGGAAUGAGACCUUGUGAUGUCAAGGGGAUGGGCCUACUGCAAGGGCUCUGGAAAUUUGUUUACUGUAUUUGCCCGUUUGAGUUGGGCAGCAAGGUUAUUCUCUUUCGAAGAUCAAAGAAGGAGAGUGAGGCUGCAAAGGUGAGGGUUGAGGGACAAAUUAGCAAGAUGUUGAGCGGCUGGGGAGUCUGA